AAUUUUUUAUUUAUCAGUUAUAAUCUUUUGACCUCUUUAUUUAUUAACUGUCGAAUCUUUGAAGUUAAAUGCAAAACAUACUAAAAUUAAAAUGAUUGCUUUUGUUAUAUUAUCUUUAAUUCUAAUAAAAAGUGUAUCAUCAAAUAAACUUUAUGAAAGUAUUCAACCUCGAAUAGUUGGCGGAGAUAAUGUUAGACCAGGUGAAAUCCCAUAUCAGGUUUCAAUUCGUGUUAAUGGUCAACAUCAUUGUGGAGGAGCCGUAUUGAAUGAAAAUUAUACCAUAACUGCAGCCCAUUGUUUAAGACGAAAAGGAAACGUCACUAUUUACGCUGGCAGUGUAAAUCGACUUGAGAAUGGUACAGAACAUGUGGUAAAACAUUUAUAUCUUCAUGAAAAGUAUGAUUACAAUUCACGAUUGAAUGACAUCGCACUUAUAAUGAUAUCUCCGCCAUUCACUUUUCAUUCGAAUCUUCAACCUGUUGACAUACCAUCAACAAGUUAUAUAUUCCCUGAUAACACUGAUGCAAUCAUAUCUGGAUGGGGUUUAUUACAGGAUUUUACAACUAAACAGCCUGUAACAAUGAAAAAAGCAAUAGUAACGUCAAUCGAUUCCAAAAAAUGUGGUAGAAAAUAUUCGAAAAAAAUAUUUAAAGGACAAAUGUGUGCUCAAGGAUUUCCAAACGAACAUUCAAGUGGUCGUGAUGCAUGCCAAGGUGAUUCAGGUGGUCCCUUAGUUUAUAAUCAUACACUUUUAAUUGGAAUUAUAUCUUGGGGUAGAGGAUGUGCAGAAGAUUUUCCGGGUGUUUUUACGAAAGUAUCGUAUUACCAUGAUUGGAUUGUAAAUCAUACAACAUGAAAUCAACUUUUAUGUCAAAUAAAGAGAUAUUAAUAAUAAUAA